AUGGCCAAGGCGCUGGAGCAUGUCAAUGCCCGGCUUCUUGAGCUGUACCCUGAUGACGAAGAACGAUUUGAUAUUGUUCUGAUGACUAAUAACCAUGCCCAAGUGGGAGUGAGACUCAUAAACAGCAUCAAUCACUAUGGCUUAACAAUUGAACGUUUCUGUAUGACGGGAGGAAAAAGCCCUAUUGGUUACCUGACUGCGUACCUUACGAACUUGUACCUCUCAGCAGAUUCUGAAAAAGUGCAAGAAGCUAUAGAAGCAGGCAUCGCAUCAGCUACGAUGUUCACUGCCAACAAAGACGUUGCUUACUCGGAUACACAGUUGAGGGUGGCAUUCGAUGGGGAUGCGGUUCUCUUUUCUGAUGAAUCAGAACAGAUUGUCAAAGAGAAAGGAUUAGAUACAUUUUUUGAACAUGAACAGCUGAAUGAAAAUAAGCCUCUUGCACAGGGUCCUUUGAAAGGUUUUCUGGAAGACCUAGGGAAACUCCAGAAGAAGUUCUAUGCAAAAAACGAACGAUUAAAUUGUCCCAUAAGGACCUUCCUGGUCACAGCCAGAAGUGCGGCGAGCUCUGGAGCCAGAGUGCUGAAGACUCUUCGUAGCUGGGGUCUGGAGGUUGAUGAGGCACUUUUCCUAGCAGGAGCUCCUAAAGGACCAAUCCUGGUGAAAAUCCGCCCUCACAUUUUCUUUGAUGACCAGAUGUUUCACAUCGAAGGAGCACAGAAAUUAGGCACCAUAGCUGCACAUGUUCCCUAUGGCAUUGCUCAGAAAUACCACAAAUCUGCAUGACUGGAUGGCACCAUUAACGAUAAGGUUCUUAACUCAGCCAGCCUCUAAUAUACCAAUAGUUAUGUCUACAUUUGUAUAUUGUGAGCACUAUGUUUAAAGAUUUAACUUCUGACUAGAACAGUUUAUUUCCUUUAAAGGAAAUAUUUUUAAUAUAGGUAAGUUUUUAAUAGAGUUAUUUUAAUAGCAUUCUUAAGCAGCUUAGGUUUUUUACCUGUCUGGAUCUAACACUGUGGUUUUGAUAUUAGGAAAAGAUUUGUACUGUUUUUAUAGCUUAAGGCAUAUUUUGAGAGACAGAGAGAACAGUUAUAUUUUCUCUAAAAAACUGUUGAUGGGUUAUUUAUAACAAAAAUCAUGCUGCAAUGCUAGUCCUUGAUGGUUAUUUCUGAAGUUACCAAAAGCACAGUUUACAUAUAAGUGUUUACCUGUUGGUGGUUUGCUUCUUAAAUAUGUAUUCAGUAGGUUUGUUAUCACAAGGUUUCAGCUUCCAGUGAAAUGUUAGCUUAUUUGAUCUUGUGUUUACAGGAACCCUUUAUUUUUCUAUGUUAUUUUCCUAUUCUAAUAAAGCUGGCUUUACAG